AUGAAUCUAGCGAAACAAAAACACUUGAAAUUGAAAGUGCUUUUAGAUUACCAGCGUGGUACAAGAGGGGAAGUUAAUUCAGUAUCAUUAUUAAAAGAUUUUAUUGAGGACAAUCCUGAACAAUGUAGUAUAAAUUUGUAUCAGACGCCCAGACUCCAUGGAUCAUGGUCAAAAGCCAUACCAUCUAGAUACAACGAGCUCAUAGGUCUCCAACACAUGAAGCUGUACAUAGCUGAUGACAGAGUGUUGCUGAGUGGUGCAAACUGUUCUAAUGACUACUUCCAACAGAGGCAAGAUCGCUAUAUCGAGAUUGAGGAUGCUGAAUUGGCUAAUUUUUAUAGUGAACUCAUAGAUGAAGUAAGUAACUUCAGCAAGCAAUGUACAAAGUUUGGAAUAUAUGAAAAACAGUUUCCCUCAAAACUAGCAUUUGUGAAAGAGAUGAGGACACGAAUCAGCCUCUUUAUUGAAAGAUGGAAAGACACAAAUUACCCUAAACUGCUUGCUUCUCAAAAUGAUGAGACCAAAGACACAUGGAUAUUUCCUCUUCUACAGAUGGGAGAAUUUGGUAUAAUUCAAGAUGAAGAAGUGACAACAAAAGUCCUAGCAUCUGCCCCCAAAGAUUCCUUUAUUCAGUUGGCAACAGGUUAUUUCAAUUUAACCGAUGAUUAUGCCAGAACAUUGAUAACAGACUGCAAGGCAAAUAUUAGUUUACUGAUGGCGCAUCCAAACGCAAAUGGUUUCGUUGGUGCAGCAGGUCCAGCGGGGGGAAUUCCACAUGCAUACUCUUUGAUUGCUACUAGAUUUUGGAAAAAAGUGGUGGAUUUUAAUCAGACCAGCAGAGUAGAAAUGUUAGAAUACGAAAGACCAGGCUGGACAUUUCAUGCGAAAGGAUUGUGGUAUUACCCCCCUGGGAGUGGAGUGCCGUGGGCCACAAUAAUUGGUUCUGCGAAUCUAGGCGAGAGGUCGGUAAGACGUGAUCUCGAAGCGCAGGCUCUAAUUUUUACUGUUUCCCCUGAUUUACAGAAUAAAUUACGUCGAGAAUCAGAACAGUUGCAUCUUUAUGGUUCAGAGUGUAGCGACGAAUUACAAAAACGAGAGACGCCGCUCUGGGUCCGCGCUACAGUGGGUUUGUUUAAAACUUACUUCUAA